AUGUUGUUCGUUUAUUACACUCUGGAAUCAUAAAAUAAUUAUUACAUAAUUCAAGAAUAUUGUAAAGAUAGAGAUCUAGGAAUCUAUCUAAAAAAAUAGUAAUAUUUAACAGAGGUUGGAGCAAUAAGAAUUUUAACAGAUAUUCUCAAUGGCUUUAUUGAAUUAUUAUAAUAAGGUAUUAUCCAUCGUGAUUUGAAACCUGCCAAUAUUCUUGUCCACUAAAAUACUUUUAAAUUAGGAGAUUUCAGUUUUGCAAAAUGUAAAUCUAAUUUUUAAAGAGAUAUAAUGGAAUCUGUUGUUGGAACUCCUCUUUACAUGGCACCCUAAAUCUUAAUGCGAGAAACAUAUACUAGUAAAUGUGACAUAUGGCAAUCGGAUGCAUAUUCAGAAGAACUCCAUAGGUUGCGAACUCUGUACCCUAAUUACUUAAUACUAUACUGA